AUGGGCUCUUUGGACAAAAUUGAUUCUAAACUUAUUAUUGGGCCGUUUGCAAGAGAGUCACUAGCCGACUUUGGAGAAUCUGGCUUGAAAAUGCUUGGACCAUUUUCGUCUUCAGAACAGUAUUACAAUGCACACUUCGAUUUGAUUUUGGACUUGAUUGUGAGGCAAGAAGCCUAUGCAUAUCGUCCAAUAGAUGCCUUUUUGAUACACCGUUAUCUUCAGGAAAACAUUCAGACAAUCCUCCCAUGUGCGAGCCUGAAUGACGCGUCGUUCUAUUUGAAGCAUGCAGAUGAGAAAGGGGAUCAAAUUUUGGUGGACGACCAGUUUCGAAUUACGGGUAUUGUUGACUGGGAGUGGGCGCACACGGGUCCCAAAUUUUCAGUUUUUAAUUCUCCCAUCGUUCUCCUCCCACUUGCUAAGUUCUACAAUGGGAAUAAUUGCCUAGGUGAUGAAGAAAUGACUUUUUCCCACUUGCUGGAAAGAAAAGGGCAUACCGAUCUUGGAGACAUGGUCAGAAAGGGGCGGCUUCUUCACCGCCUGCAAUUUUGCUGCGGUUACGACCUUCCUGACUGGGAUGGAUGCAAGGACGUCUUUCUGGGCCUUGUCAGGGCCUUACACAAGGAUGGAAACUUGAACAACCUGGAUUAUGAAACGUGGAAGGCAGAGGCCAUCCAGCGGUACAGUGCUGAUCGUCGGCUCAAAAAGCUUGCCAAUUUAGAGGGGUAA